CAACUCACGAGCAAGACUCAGUCGUCAGGAGAUCGCGUGUGGAUCAACGUGCUGCUCUGUGCAUAUUAUUUACUCGCAAACGCGCAACGCCGGUCAAUGCGAUCGAAAUUAAUGUGAAAACUACACCGUUCACAACCUUUGGAUUAAAAUCAUGUGUGUUGAGAAAUAAUAGUUCUCCGUGGAAGAUGUUUGCGACGUCCGACCAUCGCAAGAAAACAAAUCAAUGAAUUUGGAUGGAGAAAAAUUUGCGAUGGUGACAUGAUUCGGUGAGCAUGCGUUGGUUGAGCUGGUGGCAUAUUUUGUUGGCGCUGCAAGCGCAAAGCUUGGCAAAUGGACAGACCAUCACACCCACCAUUUGCGAAGAUGGAGCGUGCCGUUGUGACUCAUUCACGAGGGUCAUAUGUAGCUGCACAAAUGAUUCCAAAGAGGUAACUCUGAGACCUGACGGCGCAUACAGAGUACCAGCAAUGGCUACCGGCAUCGUCGUAGAUGGUUGUGCGAGUGUUAUAUUUCUUCAAGAUACCGUUCAAAAUCUUAUUCAACUCAGGAGCGUUGAAUUAAGGAACGUCGGUCACAUAGUGAUAAGUGAACGUGCUUUGAAUUGGUCUCCUUUUAGUAGGGAUAGUGAAAUGAAUCCUGGUAUCAGAAUCACCAUUCAAAAUAGUACAAUAAGUGAAAUAGCGUCACAUGCCAUUCAAGGAAGAGUGAACGAAGUACUCAUUAGUGACAGCCGAAUAGACAAUCUAAGACCUUUCGCAUUCUCUAGUCUCGUUGGUGUUAAAAAUAUUGAACUUAAAAAUAAUGUAUUUAAUAAUAUAGACAUACAGACUUUUAAAAAAUUCACUACGUCUAAUUUUAUGAUACGUGGUGGAUCAAUUCAUGCGUUACCGAGUAGAUUUUUAUCAGAUGUAGAAGUUACUAAUUUAUUUCGAUUAGAUGGAGUAAAUAUUAAAUAUUUGUCCAGUUUGACGUUUCUCGUCCAUUCACCAAAGAGAAUUAUAAUAGAAAAUAACGUGAUAGAUUUAAUAGAGGGCGACGGUUUCCAUAUGAUAUCCAGAGGGCCUAUAACUUUUAGGAAUAAUACGGUGUCCACAUUGAGAAAAGGCGCUUUCUUAGGUUUAACCGUAGACAGUGAAACGUUUGCAGUGAUGGCACGUCAGGAAUUAUUAAUCGACAACAACACUAUUACAAACUUGUCGCCGUCUUCGUUGCUGUUCAACCACACGACACUUACAUUGCGCGUUGAUGGCCUGAAUUUAAACGCUACGUGCACAUGUGAGCUCGCAGAGGAGUGGCGCGAAGUUUACAACACACAAGGUAGCAUUAUAAACUGCUGGUAUGAUCUCGAGGGAUACUUUACGUCCUUGCCCACGUUCGUCAGCAUCCGAUGCGGACGUUUCAAGCAAAACUUUUGGAUAUUUGUAUUAGUUGGUAUCCUUGUUGUUCUGUUGGCAUCCGCUAUUGCAAUAUUUUUUAUAGUCAAGAGAGAUAAUGAAAAGAAAAAGAAGUUACAAAUUGUAUUGCCUGAUGGCAAAACGUAUAGAGAAACAGAAUUUCAUGUUAUUGUUGAAAGAGCUGAGCUUUUAACCACAGAUUUAUAAGCAUAACAUAUAUUUGGAAAACUUUAUUGUAAUUUUAAACAUUCCUAUAGGUAAAAAAAUCCUCGUUCUACCUCAAUGUUUUUGUCAAACUACAGAGUGCCAAGUAUAACAUUAAUUCUGAACAGUAUUAGUACAUUAGAUUGAAAUUAUUUCGUAUAUGUUUAGAUUCUAAAUAUAAUAAUAUUAGUCGAACGUAAUUAAUAAGUACAAAGGUGUAGAGACUAUAUCUUUAAUUCAGAACAUUAAAGUGAGUAGAGCGAUGGUGUAGAGAAUUUUGAAGUGCAUUACAGUGGAGUACGUAUUUUUACUAAAUUAAAUAUUACAAAAUGACGUACCCACCAAAAGACAAUAUGUAUAAAGAAGUAAUGUCUCAUAAGAAAAUAAAAUGAUGAUGGGA